UCCCUCAACCCACAGCUUUCUGCCAUUAAUUCAUCUUAAUUAACUAUACUCUUCUUUUACUUUAUUGAGAUUGAAAGUGGAUUGAACUUAUAAAAGAAUUGCUCAAAGAUUUUAUCGAUUCAAGGAAUUCACAUGGAUCAAUUGUUAAGCACUAUCAGAGACUUGGAGGGAAAUAUACAAACUCUUACUAGAAAAAUUGAAUUGCUGAAAAGUCGAGCAGCAGAUGUGCAUGUAGAAUUACAAAAUGCAGCACAUCUUUCUGGAAAAAAAGGCAAGAGAGAGGUUGAAGAUUGGUUGAUUAACGUCGGAAGAUGUAUACGAAUUCGAAAGCUUGGAACAAGAAGUACAAUCCAACAGAUUUUAUCUUGCUUAUUCCCAACAAAAGUUGGCAGAAGGAGUUGAAAGAAUGAUCAAGGAAGUGGUAGAGCUUGUUGAGCAAGCGGAUUUUUCUGGAGGGCUUUUUCUUGAGGAUAAUGAGAGUAUUGGCCUAGCAUUUCUACAAAAUUUCAAUGACAUCUGGGCAUCGUUAAUGGAUGACAACAUCUUAAGAAUUGGCAUUUAUGGAAUUAGGGGAGUAGGCAAAACGACCCUAGCAAAGCGUGUCCAUGAUAAGCUCUUAAACGAACCCAAAUACUCGCCUCAUGUAUGUUGGGCCUCUAUCUCCCAAGAGUUUAGCAUUUACAAAUUGCAGAAUUCUAUUGCCCUAGCUUUGAAAAUAGGUAUCUCAAAAGAGAGUGAUGAGAAGAAAAAGGCGGUUGAACUAUUCCGGGAAUUAAAGAAUCAAGGAAGAUUUGUACUUAUACUGGAUGAUUUAUCGAAACAGAUUGACACGGAGAAUAUAGGUAUUCCUCUUGGAAUGGAUGGAUGCAAGUUGAUUAUAACAAGUCGAUCACUAGAAGUUUGUCAACAAAUGGGCUGCCAGAAGAUUAUAAAAGUGAACACACUUACUGAGAAAAAAGCUUGGGAACUCUUUUCAAAUAAACUUAACAGUGUUGAAUUUUUGCCAGAAGCAGAAGAUAUUUGUAAGCAAAUGGCCAAAAGAUGCAGCGGUUUGCCACUUGCACUAGCCACAUUGGCUGGAAGCACGAAGGGGGUGACUGGCAUUCAUGAAUGGAGAGAUGUAUCAAAAGAACUAAAUAAAUCGUGUAUGGGGCAAGCAAACAUGGGAAAUGGAGUAAUGUCAAUACUCUUGUACAGUUUUAACUGCUUGAAGGAUCCAAAGCUAAAAAGUUGUUUUUUGUAUUGCUCCUUGUAUCCUGAAGACUAUGAUAUUCCAAGAGACGAAUUGAUUGCAAAUUUCAUUUCAGAAGAGCUCAUAGAUAGAAGAUUGAGUAGGCGAUCAGCGUUUGACCAAGGCCAUGCAAUACUAAAUGAACUAGAGAAAGCCUGCUUAGUGGAAAUUCAGACAGAUAGAGAGAUAGUGAAGAUGCAUGAUUUGAUCAGAGAAAUGGCAAUAACGAUCACUGAACAUAACCCUAGAUACAUGGUAAAAGCUGGACUUGAGUUAACGGAAAUACCAAAGGUACAGAACUGGACAGAAGAUUUGGACAAGGUCUCCUUGAUGGAUAACAAUAUAGAUGGCAUUUCACCUGGAACAUCACCGAAGUGUCCUAGACUUUCAUCGUUGAUUUUAAGUAAAAAUCCUCUCAAGUUUAUCCCAGAAUGUUUUUUUGAGCAGAUGUGUGGUCUCUGUGUUCUCAAUUUAAGUGAGACUUCAAUUGAACAGUUGCCAAAUUCCAUAUCAGACUUGAGAAACUCAAAGCAUUAUUGCUCGGUGAAUGUGCAAAUCUUGUAUAUGUGCCACCAUUGGAGAAGCUCAAAGAACUGAGACAGCUGGACCUAACAAAUACUAGCAUUGAGGAAGUUCCCCAAGGUAUGGAAAGCUUGACCAACCUCGAACUCCUAUAUAAGGAUUGUUGCAAUUUAAAUGAUAUGCCGGCCGGCAUUUUGAAUAGACUCUUACACCUUCAAGAGCUCACAUUGCCAUGUCAUGUAGUACCCCCAACAGAUGUUGAAAGAUUGAAACAAUUGGAACUAUUUGAUGGCAGAUUGAAUAGUGCAUCUGAUCUUAAUCGAUUAAUCAAGUCUCAACAAAGUGAAUGGCGACUCAACUCCUACCACAUUAUUAUAAACGAGCCAGGAGAAGUUUUUGGAUAUGACGAA